AUGGUGCUCUCCAUGACGGGAAAUAGCUCCGUCGGCAGGAGUGUGGAAGGUCACUGGGUUUUGGGGAUGAUUGAGGAUGGCAGCGACGACCUGCGGCUGGAGGUAUGCCCAGAUAAUGUUAGGUCUGCGGAGGUGCUCAUACCCCUGAUUAAGAAGCAUGUUGCGCCAGGAACUACAAUAAGCACAGAUUGCUGGAAGGCGUACGAUGGUUUGGCGAAUCACGGGUAUGAGCAACGAAAAGUGAAUCACAGCGAUCCGGACAAUCCAUUUGUGGCUGUAGAUGGAACGCAUACGCAGCGUAUAGUGUCCCAGUGGCGUGUGAUUAAAAGUUUUUUUGCGAGGGACAACCACAACAGUCCCGAAAACUCCGCCGACCUAAUUUUUGAGCCACGUGCGCGCAGCAAUCAAGAACUACCACCUCUUAAUCCAGGGUGUUAUGCGACUCCCGUGCCCAUUGGUUGA